CGCAACCUAGCCUAGGGCUUUGACCCAUGGGUGUGCACAAGUUGUGGGAGAUAUUGGAGCCCGCCAAGGAGCGGGUCCCGCUCGACUUGCUCGUGGGACAAGGCGUCUGCAUUGAUCUGUCAUAUUGGAUCAUCCAGCUCAACAAGGUGAAUGGCGGCGCUGUCAAGGACAAGCCGCAUCUACGGGGCCUGUUUCACAGGAUUCGGGCGCUCCUCGCCCUCAACUGCCAUCUCAUCUUCGUUACUGAUGGAGCUGUCCCCGCCGCCAAAGCUGGCACCUAUGUGCAGCGUCUCGCCAGGGCGCGCCAGCCUCUUCGUCCGCAAAGACAGGUUGCCGGCCUACCGCUCAAGCGUAACAAGGGCUCACAGUUUGGUCGCAUGGUGGAGGACGCCACGGCGCUAGCCACCGCAUUUGGUAUCCCAUGCCUCGUCAGCCUCGAGGAAGCUGAAGCUCAGUGCGCGGCACUCAAUGCUAUGGGCUUUGCCGACGCUUGUUUCACCGCGGACUCGGACGCGCUCCUCUUUGGUGCCAAAGUCGUGUAUAAGGAUAUAAGUCUCAAGCCAGGUGAAAGCCACGUUGUAGCAUAUGACAUGACAAAGAUCCGAAAUGCAUUUGGAUACGGCAGGAACUCUCUGAUUGCUCUCGGAAUCCUGCUGGGAUGCGACUAUUUUCCUGGCGUGCACGGGUUGGGACCGGAGAAAGCCCAGCAGAUAGUCAAAAAGUUUGGCGAAGACAAAAUUCUCGAAGAGAUGCUCCGUCAAGGUCCCGUAACGUUGGCUAAGAGGACGUUAAAAUGCAAAGAUAAAGAAAACUCGACGGUAUCUAGCGACGGUAAAACAGCUCAUGGUUUUUCUGAAGACGACAACAUGGCUUGCAAGGCCAUAUUUGCUUAUACCCAUCCAAAAUGCCACGCCCAAACAUCUGAGGCUGUACACAGCGUGCUACUGGGUGGACCUCUCCAAAUGGAUACCAUCAGAAGAAUAUGCAUGCAAGAAUUCGAAUGGUCUUUUGAGAAAACAGACGAUUACAUUCUUCCAAAACUGGCUGAGCGAGACGUGCAUAGGAUGGCAUCCAUGCAAGCAGCCAGUUCCGGGGUAAACUUGGCGGGACUUCAAUUCAAAAUCUCAGAAAUUGUCAAGAAGCGGCAGCUUCGGGGCGUGGAUCACUACGAAGUGAAAUGGGUUGGAAAUCCUGACAUUCCUAGUAGCGCUGUUCGUGCCGAACUCGUACAGAGAGCCUACCCCUCCAAGGUCGCAGAGUUCAUGGCCAAGUUGGCCCUCAAAGGCGGCAAGAGCACAAGGCGUCCAAAUGAUUUGGUGACCAGCGACCUGUGUGGAAGGCUGAAUAAGAUGACGGUGGAAGACGGGAAGACAAGCAUGAACAAGAUGGCGGUAAAAGACGACUGGAAGACAAUGAUGGAAGUGAAAGACGACGGGGAGACGCCUUCCAUCAUCGACGCCUUCCACCACAUCAAGCAGAAUGACGCUAGUAGGCUGGAGGUGAUUGAUCUCACGACCCCGCUGGGCAAGGGCAUUCAUCUCGUUGAAGCCUCAGAUAACGAUGACGACGACUUAAAGCACCAAGCACGAGUGAGGCAGUUGAAGAGCUUCAUUGCUAGCAUAAAGUGAUGGUCCAAUUGAGGUCGCGGUAAGAAAGACAAUCUUACAAGCCGGCACAAGUCUGCGAGUGGUUUCAUUCCAGGAAGAACCCCACUAUGCGGCUAUACCCGAAGGACAGGAUGACAUCCGACCUUUUCACCUCUGGGCCCUUCGUUGCUACUGGAGGGACUUCAUCUUGUCCACGCAACACGCGGGCAACGAACGCGUCAUAAGUCAAAUGCGCUGGGAAGAAGCCGUCUCUGAUGAGUUGUGAGAAAAUGCGUUGGGCAACUCCCGGGUCCCGUUGCUCCAGUAUUCCGUCAAUGACAAUAUUCCAGGUUGCGGGUGUGUAGCUGCAAUGCUGCUUCAUCUCGCG